AUGAAUCCCGAUGCUUGUGAUCCGCUGGCCCAUACCAGCAUGUACCAGAGGGCGGAAGAAGAUAGUGACGAUAGUGACGGGGAAGGAGGAUUAGGAAAUGUGAGCCGCGUCAUCGUGAGGCCACCAGGACACAGUGGAAAAGCGAAACGGGGUCAUUUAUGCUUCGAUGCUGCCUUCGAAACCGGGAACCUUGGUCGGGUGGACUUGGUGGGCGAGUUCGAGUACGAUCUGUUCCUGCGGCCGGACACGUGCAAUCCGCGGUACCGAUUUUGGUUCAAUUUUACCGUGGACAACGUGAAGCAGGAUCAGCGCGUUAUUUUCAACAUCGUUAACAUCAACAAAAGCCGCAACCUGUUCAAGGACGGCAUGACCCCUCUGGUGAAAUCCACCAGCCGGCCCAAAUGGCAACGGUUGUUGCGUUGCGAAGUGUUCUACUACAAGUCGCCGGUCCACCAGAACCACUACGUUCUGAGCUUUGCCUUUGGGUUCGAUAAAGAAGACGAAGUCUAUCAGUUUGCCCUUACGUUUCCGUACUCGUACUCUAAGAUGCAGGCUUAUUUGAACGCAUUGGAGCUUAAGUUCCCCGAAUCGUACGAACGGUCAUCGCUGGGAACUAGCAUCCAAAACCGAAAGCUUGAGUUAGUCACAUUCGACGAGGUGAAGAAACCGGAUAAGGUGGACCAAAAAAACGUGAUUCAUAUGGUGGUCAUCCUGGCGCGGCUUCAUCCUGGCGAAUCGCCGGCCUCGUAUGUGGUGCAGGGAUUGAUCGAGUUCCUAGCAGCGGCCAGCCAGCCGAUCGCGAAGGCUCUGCGCGAGCAUGUUGUUUUUAAAAUAGUGCCAAUGCUGAAUCCGGACGGAGUGUUCCUAGGUAACAAUCGGUGCAACGUCGUCGGUCACGAUUUGAACCGAUCGUGGAACAAACUGUCCCAGUACACGCACCCAACACUUGUCGCUGUGAUGAAAAUGCUCAAGGAGUACGAUAAUUCCAGUUGCUACCAAGUCGACUUCGUGAUCGACAUUCACGCCCAUUCGAGCCUCACCGGAACGUUCAUCUACGGCAGCACCUACGAUAACGUGUACCGGUACGAGCGGCAUCUGGUCUUUCCGAAGCUGUUUGCUACAAAGUGUGAAGAUUUCUGCCAGGAGCAUAUGAUGUUCAACGCGGACGAUCGGAAGUCUGGCACAGCGCGGAGAAAUUUUGUCGAAGUUCUCAGCGACAACGUAAACACGUACACGCUGGAGGUGUCCAUGUGCGGCUAUUAUCUAAACGGGACCAACAUUGUCACCCAGUAUACCGAGGAUGGCUACAUGCGUAUAGGCAGAAAUCUUGCCCGGACGUUCCUGGAAUAUUACCGCUUUACGAACAUUCUGCCAAUACCGGCGGUUGAUGACCUGCGGCCGAGAAAGGGUCGCCCCCGGACACACCGUCCCCGACCUCGCUCGAAAACGCGAAGCGAAAUUCGAGCCCGGCCCAAAACAACCCGCGCCUAUGCUCCGAUCAGUUACACUGAUCUGUCGAUCUGUUACGACAGUGCCACGUCGGAUGAGGGAUCGCCGGUACGAUACAUGUACCAUGGGCACGGGGCGUACGGUGGGUUGCGGAUGCGUCCCCACGUCCAUCAGGACCAAUUUUCGCUCUCCAACAUCCAGGCGGCACGGUUUAGUAAUCUUGACUUUACCAGCGACUAUCGGCUAAAGGUGCCGAAGAUGAAGGCAGCGCAGACGGAACAAAAGAUGCCCCCGAUCGAAAUGCUGACCAUACCGCCGAAGCCCCAUCUCACGAUUAUCGACUUCAAUCAGCUGACACGGGGUGGCCUAGAAGAGGCCACUGCGGGGCGUACGAUUGAACGGGAGAAGGAAAAAAUCCGCCGCCAUACACUAAAGUCAUCCUCUCGGAAGGCGUAA